AUGUCCUUCUUCUCCGCGCCCAUCGAGAAAAUGGAUUUGCAGGAUGCUCAAAAGCUCAUGGAGCGCUCCAUGCACGAGAUUACCAAUAGCUUCCAGAAAGUGCCGGGCUCUGCAAUGCUCAUCCGGUACAUCCAAUCCAGUUACCAAGACGACCCCGUCCGUUCCGCCAUUGAGUUGAUUCUGGUCAUCUUCUUCGUGCGCUAUUUGCUCUCGCCAUCGUAUGCGACUCACAGUAACAAUUUUGUGACCUUGUCUGAGGAGGAGAUUGACGACCUCGUGGAUGAGUGGACUCCUGAGCCUCUGGUUGCGCCGCAGACUCCGUUUGAGGAAGCUGAUGCAGAGAGACUUCCUGUUAUUGUCGGUCCGACAGGUCCGAAGACCAAGCUAUCAAACGGCCGGACCGUGACGAACCUCGCAUCCUACAAUUUCUACAACUUCGUCGGUAACGAGCAGGUCAAGGAGAAGGCUAUCCAGACCCUCCGCACAUACGGUGUAGGACCUUGCGGUCCUCCUCAGUUCUACGGCACGCAGGAUGUACACAUGAAAACGGAGGCAGACAUUGCUUCUUGUCUAGGCACCGAGGGCUGCAUUGUAUACGCUCAGGCUUUCUCUACGAUCUCCAGUGUUAUCCCGGCAUUCUGCAAGAGGGGUGAUGUGAUUGUUGCGGAUCGUGCGGUCAACUAUGCUAUAAGAAAGGGCUUGCAGAUUUGCCGGAGCACGAUCAGGUAUUAUGAGCAUAAUGAUAUGGAGGAUUUGGAAAGGGUGCUGCAGAAGGUAGUCAAGGAGCAGGCGAAGAAGCCGUUGACGAGACGGUUUAUUGUCACUGAGGGGCUGUCGGAGACGGUAGGGGAUGGUGUCAAUCUGCCUAAGCUGGUUGAGUUGAAGCUUCGAUAUAAGUUCCGUCUCAUGCUCGACGAGACAUGGUCCUUCGGUGUCCUGGGUAGAACAGGUCGUGGCCUCACCGAGGCCCAAAACGUGGAUGCUUCCCAAGUCGAUAUGCUGAUCGGUUCACUUGCUGGACCUCUCUGCGCUGGUGGCGGUUUCUGCGCUGGUACCAACGAUAUUGUCGAGCACCAGCGUAUCACAGCUGCUUCCUACACCUACUCGGCCGCUCUACCUGCUAUGCUUGCUACUACAGCAAGCGAGACCCUGAACAUGCUACAGUCAAACCCUGAAGUUCUGGUACAAUGCCGAGAGAACAUCAAGACUAUGCGAGCACAGCUUGAUCCUCGUAGUGACUGGGUUCAUUGCACAAGCGCACUUGAGAAUCCUGUCAUGCUACUUGUUCUGAAAGCAGACGUCAUUAAUUCCAGACGAUUGAGUAUCGGAGAGCAAGAGCGAGUAUUGCAGGAAUGCGUUGACGAAACACUUGCAAACGGUGUCCUCAUCACCCGCUUGAAGAGUAUGCCUGUUGCCCCGGGGGCGAACGGCAAAGACGAGCAGUGGAAGCUGCAGCCAGCGCUCAAAAUAUGCAUCACGACCGGUCUCUCGAAGAAGGAGAUUGAGAAGGCAGGCAUUACUAUUAGACAUGCUAUCACGAAAGUUUUGACGAGAAAGACGAGUAGUAAGUUGGCACUGCCGGCUGGUUCUUGA